UCACCUCAAGGAGAUUGAUUUUGCUUACAAUUUUCUUAGUGGUUCAAUCCCAGUUGAAUGGGCUUCCUUGCCCUUGACGUUCAUCUCUGUUUUUGGAAACCGGUUAUCAGGAAAUAUUCCACGCCAUUUGGGAAAUAUUACCAGUCUUGAAUACUUGGACCUUGAAGUAAACCAAUUUUCUGGAGUGGUCCCGCCGGAACUUGGGAAGUUAGUUAACUUAACAGUUCUGAGAUUGUCUUCCAAUAGAUUGAGUGGGAUUCUGCCAAUUGAACUUGGAAUGCUGGAAAACCUCGAGGAUGUAAGGAUAAAUGACAAUGAGUUCAAUGGGAGUAUACCAGAUUUCAUACAGAAGUGGAAGCAACUUACUAGAUUGGAAGUGGAAGGUAGUGGAUUGAAAGGACCCAUUCCAUCAUCCAUAUCUGUUUUGGAUAAAUUAAUUCGAUUGAGGAUUAGUGACAUAGAUUCGGUAAAUCAAGCUUUUCCUUCUCUGGAGAACAGUACAGGCUUAACACAGUUAACUUUGAAGAACUGUAAUAUUGUCGGGGAGAUCCCUGCAUACAUCUGGAAAAUGAAUAGCCUGCGUGCCUUGGAUCUAACUUUUAAUAAAUUGCGUGGACAACUUCCCGUUACCACUAUAUCUCAAAGUUUCAAAAUCAUCUUUCUAAGUAACAACAGUCUUAGUGGAGAUAUAACUGAGGCAAUCUUGAGGAGAGGCAUUAGUUUGGAUCUUUCAUAUAAUAAUUUCACGUGGCAAGACAGUGAGAAACCUGCUUGUCAGCGAAUAUUAAACUCUAACACAAACUUAUUCAGAAGCUCUUCAAUGGAAAGAAACUUGCGUGGAGCUCUUCCAUGUAGAAAUGAAAAAUGUGAGAAAUAUCAGCAUUUUUUCCACAUUAAUUGUGGUGGAGAUGCUAUCAAAGUAAAUGAAAUUACAUAUGAAAAAGAUACAAGGGAGAAUGCUGAUUCUGUAAUCAAUGAUGUCAGCCACUGGGGAUUAAGUAGCACUGGAGACUACAAAGAUGACGAUGAUUUUUCAAACAAAGGUUUUACUAUAGAAAAUCGAUCGGCAAAUGUCCCUGAACUGUACCAGACUGCACGAAUUUCUCCUCUUUCUCUCACGUACUUUGGCUUUUGUCUACAAAAUGGAAAGUAUGAAGUGAGUCUGCACUUUGCGGAGAUCCAAUUAAUGAAUGGGAAUCAAUAUAGUAAACUUGGGAGGCGCAUAUUUGAUAUCUACAUUCAGGGAGAACUAGUAGAGAAGGACUUCAAUAUAGUGGCUGAAGCGCAUGGCGCUUUGUCUCCAUUCAUCAAGCGAGUUACUAGCAAUGUUACUGAUAAUGUUUUAGAGAUCCGCUUCACUUGGGCUGGCAAGGGUACCACAGCAAUUCCUGCAAGUGGAGUCUAUGGUCCCUUGAUAUCAGCUAUUUCAGUGGAACCCACAUUCCCAGUUAAUUCAGGAGCAGGAGGAAAAACAGCUGCAAUUGUUGUUGGAAUUGUGGGAUUCUUAUCUAUCAUAUGCUUGGUGUUAGGUAUCAUUUGGUGGAGAAGCCAUCUGAAAGCCAAGAGAAGGCGACAAAAUGGUUUUAAAGGUUUAGAUCUCCAAAUAUCUUUAUUUACCUUAAAGCAAAUUAGAGCUGCCACUGGUGAUUUUGGAUCUGCAAACAAGAUUGGAGAAGGUGGAUUCGGGCCUGUUUACAAGGGUAAGUUAUCUGAUGGAACUGCAGUUGCAGUGAAGCAACUCUCAUCUAAAUCAAACCAAGGAAAUCGUGAAUUUUUAAACGAAGUAUCCAUGAUUUCUUGUCUGCAACACCCAAACCUUGUAAAGCUUUAUGGAUGUUGUAUAGAAGGAGAUCAGCUAUUGCUAAUAUAUGAGUACAUGGAGAAUAACAGCCUUGCUUGUGCUCUAUUUGGCCCCGAAAAUUCUCAAUUGAAACUAGACUGGUCCACAAGGCAUAAGAUCUGUGUUGGGAUAGCAAAAGGUUUAGCUUUUCUUCACGAAGAAUCAAGGCUUAAAAUUGUUCAUAGAGACAUAAAAGGUACAAAUGUUCUGCUUGAAAAGGAUUUAAACCCAAAAAUUUCUGACUUUGGACUGGCUAAACUUUACGAGGAGGAAAAAACUCACAUCAGCACUCGAGUUGCUGGGACUAUAGGGUAUAUGGCACCAGAAUAUGCACUGUGGGGCUACUUGACCUACAAGGCAGAUGUUUACAGUUUCGGAAUUGUGGCUCUGGAAAUCGUUACUGGAAAGCAUAAUAUGAGCUAUAUUCCUGAGCUCAAUUGCUUUUGUCUUCUGGAUUGGGCCUGUCAAUUGGAGCGAAGUGGAAAGCUAAUUGAGCUAGUGGAUCAAAGGCUGAAAGGUGAAUUCAAUAAUGAGGAAGCAGAAAGAAUGAUUAGAGUAGCCCUGUUGUGCACCAAUGCUUCCGCUGCAUUAAGGCCAACUAUGUCUGAAGUUGUAAGCAUGUUAGAAGGAACAAUGAACAUCCCUGAAGUGAUCCCCGAGUCAAGCACAUCGAGUCAAGAUUUGAGAUUCCUAGCUGUAAGAGAGCAUCAGAAGCAAAUUCAUAGUCAAAGCUUGCCAAAAAAUCAGGCUUCUCGUACAACAUCUACAGGUUCUGGUUUUCUAUCUGCUUCUGGUUAUGACCUUUAUGAGAUGAAUGAAGAAUCUUACUUGAGAAACAAAGCACUAAGAGACAAUUGUAUUACGGAGAGUGUUGUUUCCGACACCCCAACUUCUGCAUCAAUGUGCCCUUCAUGGACUGCCUCUUCCUCUAAAUCUUCUCAUGAUCUUUAUCAUCCUGGUUCCAUUUCAUACUAGUUUCUGCGAACACUCACUUGAUUUUGCCACUAAACUUUUGGCUAGAUACAAAAUUAGGACAGAUUAUAGAAAA